CUCCCCCUCCCCUUCCCUCCCCGUCGCGUUGGUUCGCUCCUCCUCCCUGGGCUGUUGAUGCGGAACUGGCUGGGCGGCUUUUGGCUGGGGAGCGCGAGCUGCGUGCGCGAGGAGGAGGAGGAGGAGGGUGGCGAAGGCGGCGGGGCCUCCACUGACAGAUUGAUGACACAAUUUCCACGAGCUUUCUCUUCACCAAUGGCAUUAUCAGAAGUUUGCUGGACUAAUGAAUGAAAAGUUCACUGAGAUGACAUAGUGAAGGAAGCAAGACCAUGGUGCAGCGGAAGAGGAGCUGCCCUCGCCUACUUGAUUACCUUGUGAUUAUUGGAGCCAGGCAACCAAGCAGUGAUAGUGUGGCACAGACACCCGAACUACUGCGUCGUUAUCCUUUAGAGGAUCACACUGAUUUCCCACUUCCUCCAGAUGUAGUCUUCUUCUGUCAGCCUGAGGGAUGUUUAAGUGUUCGCCAGAAGCGUAUGAGUUUGCGAGAUGACACUUCCUUUGUUUUUGCACUCACAGAUAAAGAUACAGGAGUCACUCGCUAUGGAAUAUGUGUCAAUUUCUAUCGCUCCUUUCAGAAGCGUUUGCCCAAGGAGAAGGGGGACGGCAGUGGUGGACAUCGUGUCCGAGAUGGGCAGAAAGCACCCAAAUCUGGGGAUGCUUCCACUGCUCAAGAAGAGAAAGGGAAUGAGAGUUCAGAAAGUGGUGGUUCUCUGCAGCCACCAAGCACAGAGUCUGCCUCUGAUGGGAAUCGAUCACCUCGGAGUAAACGUUCAUCCAAAGGCACUCACCGCUCCCGUAACAGCACCCUGACCUCACUCUGCAUCAUUAGCCACUAUCCAUUUUUCUCUACAUUUCGUGAAUGUCUGUAUACUCUGAAGAGACUGGUGGACUGCUGCAGUGAAAGACUGUUAGGAAAGAAGUUGUCGAUCCCACGAGGAGUGCAAAGGGAUACAAUGUGGCGAAUAUUCACAGGCUCCCUUCUCGUGGAAGAGAAAUCCAGUGCAUUGCUACAUGAUUUGCGUGAAAUUGAAGCCUGGAUCUAUCGACUGCUCCGUUCCCCUGUGCCUGUUGCUGGCCAGAAGCAUGUGGAUGUGGAAGUCUUGCCACAUGAAUUGCAGCCAGCCUUGACGUUUGCUCUCCCUGACCCAUCCCGGUUCUCUCUGGUGGAUUUCCCUUUGCAUCUGCCCUUGGAGCUGUUAGGCGUGGAUGCCUGUUUGCAGGUGUUGUCUUGUAUUCUCCUAGAACACAAGGUAGUGCUGCAAUCCCGGGACUAUAAUGCCCUCUCCAUGUCUGUGAUGGCAUUUGUGGCUAUGAUAUACCCGCUGGAGUACAUGUUCCCUGUGAUUCCACUCCUUCCUACUUGCAUGGCUUCUGCAGAACAGCUACUUCUGGCCCCAACGCCCUAUAUAAUUGGAGUUCCAGCCAGCUUCUUCCUUUACAAACUAGAUUUUAAAAUGCCAGAUGAUGUAUGGCUAGUUGAUCUGGACACCAAUAAGGUUAUUGUUCCUACAAACGCUGAGUUACUGCCUGUUUUGCCAGAACCUGAAGCUUUGGAAUUGAAAAAACACCUGAAACAGUGUCUGGUUAGCAUGACUGCAAUCACUCAGCAACAGCUGCUCACGCCUGACAAAAAGGCUUUGGCCAGCAUGAGUUUGAAUACCCAGCCCAUCCUUAACCUAGAAAAGUUUCAUGAAAGUCAAGAGAUCCCACUACUUUCGGGAAAACCUCAGAAUGACCUUCAGUCCACACCUUCUACAGAAUUCAACCCCCUGAUCUAUGGCAAUGAUGUAGAUUCAGUGGAUGUGGCCACAAGGGUUGCCAUGGUAAGAUUCUUCAAUUCGCCAAAUGUUCUACAAGGAUUCCAGAUGCAUACACGUACACUUCGCCUCUUUCCUCGACCAGUGGUGGCAUUUCAGGCCAAUUCCUUCUUGGCCUCACGGCCAAAGCAGACAGCCUUUGCAGAAAAAUUGUCCAAGACUCAGGCAGUGGAAUACUUUGGGGAAUGGUCACUCAAUCCCACUAAUUAUGCUUUCCAAAGAAUUCAUAACAAUAUGUUUGACCCAGCUCUGAUUGGUGAUAAGCCAAAGUGGUAUGCUCAUCAACUGCAGCCAAUUCAUUACCGUGUCUAUGAUAGCAAUUCUCAGCUGGCUGAAGCACUUAGUGUCCCAGUAGAGAGAGAAACAGAUUCUGAUCCUACUGAUGAUAGCGGCAGUGACAGUGUGGACUACGAUGACUCCAGCUCUUCCUAUUCAUCCCUUGGUGACUUUGUUAGUGAAAUGAUGAAAUGUGACAUCAAUGGUGACACUCCAAAUGUGGAUCCACUAACUCAUGCUGCUUUGGGGGAUGCAAGUGAAGUGGAAUUUGAUGAUUUCCAGGAGUACUCGGGUGAUAUAGAUGAACAGGCCCCAGAUAGUGAGAACUCUCAAGACAAUAACCAGCCUCGAUCAAGUUCAAGCACUACUGCCAGUAGUAGCCCCAGCACUGUCAUCCAUGGGGUGAACCAUGAAUCUGCUGAUUCCGCAGAGAUGGAGGAGAAGUUAAUAGCUGGAUUUUCAAACCACCUUCCCAGUUUGCCUUUGCAAUCAAACUUUCCCAAGAUGGCCAUUGAUCGUCGUGAUGGUGAGAGUACUACAAACAUGGAAGGAAUAGUGAAGAAACGGGAGUAUGAUAAUCCAUACUUUGAACCACAGUAUGGGUUCCCAACAGAGGAGGAUGAUGAUGAACAGGAGGAAAGCUAUACACCAAGGUUCAAUCAGAACCUCAAUGGCAGUAGGCCCCUGAAGCCUCUGCGUCCCAGCAGUUUGAAGCUAGGCAAUGAUUCUGAUGCAGAAUCAGAUUCUCAUGCCAGUUCCCCGAAUUCUACGAUCUCUAACAACAGCAGUGAAGGUUUUGGGGGAAUUAUGUCUUUUGCCAGUAGUCUAUACAAGAACCACAGUACAAGCUUUAGUCUGUCCAAUUUAGCACUUCCAACCAAAGCUGGGAGGGACAAAAACACUCCAUUUCCCAGUCUGAAAGUAUUUGGGCUAAAUACUAUAAUGGAGAUUAUUACUGAAGCUGGGCCAGUAAGCAAUGAAGGAAACCGGCGAGCACUUGUUGAUCAGAAAUCUUCUGUCAUAAAGCACAGCCCUACAGUAAAAAGAGAAUCUCCUUCACCUCAGGGACGAACUGGAAAUUCCAGUGAAAACCAGCAGUUCUUGAAAGAGAUGGUGCACAAUGUCCUAGAUGGACAAGGAAUUGGCUGGUUUCAUAUGAAGAGAGUCCGUCGUCUUCUGGAAAGUGAGCAGCUCCGUGUGUUUGUAUUAAGCAAACUUAAUCGCACCAUUCAGUCAGAGGAAGAUGCACGACAGGACGUGGUCCAGGAUGUGGAGAUCAGCCGCAAGGUUUAUAAAGGGAUGCUGGAUUUGCUGAAGUGUACCGUGUCAAGUCUUGAACUAUCAUAUACAAAUGCAGGACUUGGGGGCAUGGCGAGUGUCUUUAACCUUCUGGAAAUAGCUCAUACUCACUACUAUAACAAAGAACCAGAGAAAAGAAAAAGAAGCCCAACAGAUGGAGCAAUCACUCCAGUUGGCAAGGAGCAUAUUUUAGCCACGAGGGUGGAAUCGAAACCCAAGGUGCAUCUGCCGGUACCCCAGCUUAUGCCACGGGCACCAAGUCCCGCAGGGAAAGGGCCAAGCGAGUUUGACACAAGGAGUCUAAAGGAGGAGAAUUUUGUAGCUUCUAUUGAAUUGUGGAACACGCAUCAGGAAGUGACAAAGCAAAAAGCUUUGGAAAAACUGAGAUCAGAAGGUACAAAGCACAUCUUUGAUGUGGGAGAGACAGAUGAGAAAAAAUCGCAGAUCAGUGCAGACAGUGGUGUGAGCUUAACCUCCAGCUCCCAGAAAAGUGAUCUGGAUUCUGCCACAAGUGUUGGACCUGUUGUUAUGAUCCGAAGCACCAGCCAAGAUUCUGAAGUUAGCACAGUGGUGAGCAACAGUUCUGGAGAGACACUAGGAGCAGACAGUGAUUUGAGCAGCAAUGCGGGUGAUGGCCUUGGUGGAGAGAGUAGUGGAAACCUAACAGGAUCACGAGGCACUGUAUCAGAUAGUGAAAUUGAGACUAAUUCUGCCACUAGCUCUAUCUUUGGUAAAUCUCAUAAUUUGAAGCAGACAAUAAAAGAUAAUAAACCCAGCAGUCUGGCAAGAGCUGCAGAAGAUUCAAGUCAACGUGUUUAUCUCUGUGAGGGUCUUCUGGGGAGGGAUAAAGGAUCUGUCUGGGACCAGUUAGAGGAUGCUGCCAUGGAAACCUUCUCUAUGAGUAAAGAACGCUCCACACUGUGGGACCAGAUGCAGUUCUGGGAAGAUGCUUUUCUGGAUGCUGUGAUGUUAGAGAGAGAAGGAAUGGGAAUGGACCAAGGACCUCAAGAAAUGAUUGACAGGUAUUAUUCUUUAGGAGAUCAUGACCGAAAGCGUUUAGAAAAUGAUGAAGAUCGUCUGUUGGCUACACUACUUCACAAUAUGAUAGCUUACAUGCUUAUGAUGAAGGUACAAAAGGGUGAUAUUAGGAAGAAGGUACGCCGUUUGAUGGGGAAAUCUCACAUUGGCCUCGUGCAUAGUCAAGAAAUAAAUGAAGCACUUGACAAAAUUUCUAACAUGAAUGGCAGAGAGCUUGCAAUUCGACCCAGCGGUAGUAGAUACAUCAAGAAGCAAACAUUUGUUGUACAUGCUGGAACAGAUACAACGGGAGACAUCUUUUUCAUGGAGGUAUGUGAUGAUUGUAUUGUGCUGAGGAGCAACAUUGGUACUGUGUACGAGCGCUGGUGGUAUGAAAAGCUCAUUAAUAUGACAUACUGUCCCAAAACAAAAGUACUUUGUCUGUGGAGAAGGAAUGGCCAAGAGACGCAACUGAACAAGUUCUACACCAAAAAGUGCCGGGAAUUAUAUUAUUGUGUAAAAGAUAGCAUGGAGCGCGCAGCUGCAAGACAACAAAGCAUAAAACCAGGCCCUGAAUUGGGCGGGGAGUUCCCAGUGCAAGAUAUGAAGACUGGUGAAGGAGGGCUUCUUCAAGUCACACUUGAAGGAAUUAACCUGAAAUUCAUGCACAGUCAGGUUUUCAUAGAGCUGAAUCACAUUAAAAAGUGCAAUACAGUGCGAGGAGUCUUUGUCCUGGAAGAAUUUGUUCCUGAAACUAAAGAAGUGGUGAGCCACAAGUACAAGACACCAAUGGCUCAUGAGAUCUGCUACUCCGUGUUGUGUCUUUUCUCUUACGUGGCUGCAGUUCGUGGGAAGGAAGCAGAAAGCAAAAGCAAACCUCCUCGUCCAGUGUCCAGCUGAUCCAGGGUCACUGAUAGGAAAUGUGUUAGCGUGUAAUACUCCCAAUUUCUGUUGUUCUUACAGGAAUUCAUAUAACCAUCUCCAAUGCAAAUGUUUUUUUGUUUAGUUGACCUGCAACUUCCCUUGCAAAAAUCAGACAUCACUAUUCAGUCCUGUGCUGAAACUGUUUUCUCUAGCAUUUCUGAGUAUUGGCUUCCCUUAUACAAUGUUAUGAUCUGUUCUUGCCAGCCUUGGAAUUAACUUUCCUAGGCAAUUAGCUCACAAUGAGGUUCAGUUGCUUUUAUUUUCAGUGGUAGCAUUCUUAUUUGUAAUCUAUUUAUAGACUCAAGCCUCUGUGUUCAGGUUUACUAUUUUGCCCACAGUGGGUAUCCGCUCAGACUUGCCUGGGUCACCUAUUGUUGCUGCUGUUGAAGUGCUAUGCUCUUCAUUAUUUUGUUCUUUACUUAUGCUUGUCAACAUGGAAUUUCUGCCACAUGACCUUUCUGUGUUCUUGAGCACCUCCAACCAUUCUACAGAAAGGCAUGUUUUUUUUCUGAGAAUGGAAACAAAACUACACAUUAAUUAUUGUGUCUUUAGAGAAAUAGUUAGAAAUCAUGAUGGCAGAAGGGAAUAGGCAAGCCUCUCAAGACUGAUAUGCAUGUACUGUACAUAGUCUUUUAAUUGGAAGACUACCAGCCUGGUAACAUUCCAGUAGUUUAUCUUAUAUGUGCUCAUAGUGAUAGAUGCAAUUCUUCAUGAUAACUGUACAGAAUUGAGAAAAGGGAAAAAAAAGUCAUAAACAUGAAGAAUAAAAUGAAAGAAAGGGAAAACUAAUCAAAACAGAGAAAGUCCUCUUGGUUGAAAAAUGACAUUGUUAUCCAAAGCACAAUCAGUUCUGUUUUAUGGUGUUGGAAACUCAUCUGGUUAUGAAAAUAAUUUUGAGGAAUACAAGUUUAUCAAUAGCACUCUUCCAAGGCUCUUUGUAGUCACUGUUUCUGUCUAAACUGUACUUCAGGGAGGAGAAUCAUGCAGCCUUCCAGAUCAGAGGUUCUCAACCUGGGGUCCCCAGAUGCUUUUGGCCUUCAACUCCCAGAAAUCCUAACAGCUGGUAAACUGGCUAGGAUUUCUGGGAGUUGUUGGCCAAAAACUGGGGACCCCAGGUUGAGAGCCACUGCUCCAGAUGAUGUUGGAUUGCAACUCCCAGCAUUCCUCAUCGUUGAUUAUUGCCAGUGCUUCUGGAAGUUGCUGUUCACUGUCACCUGGAAGGCCACAUGAGUGGCCCUUGCUGUAUAUGUAUAUCAAAUAAUUUUGCAAAAACCGUGCUACUGUGCAAUGAAGCCUCCCUCCCAGAUAAAGUAUCCAGGUGACACUUUAUUUCUUAGUAUGUUGAAAAAUGAAUGUCUGAGAUGUCUUUUCUUUUUAGUGGACUCUAAUGCAAAAAAUGCACCAGGGUGCUUGGAAGAGAGGAUCUACAGUAUGUAAUGAACUCUAGAACAUAUGACUCUCUAACUUUUGUUGGAGUGCUAAAAAGAAGUAACAAAAUCAAGUAAAUGAGUUUACUCCAUACCGUUUGGCCUGUGAAUGGAUUGCAUUAUGAAAUAGUUGAAUGGAAAGAUGUAAAUAUUUCCGUACCACAUCUAUUUAUAGAAAAGUGUACAGUUGUGUGGAUGUGAAAAAUAAACUACCCUUAAACUAC